AAUAUUUACUGGAGACCAGUAUGUGGAGGUCACGAAGUUGUUGAUUCGCAAAGAUUCGGUGCAUUCUAAUGUGAACUGUGUUUUUGUUUGCUUUGCUUUUUAAUAAUAAAUUAACAUUGAAUUACUCGUAUAAAUAAAUAAUUUACCGCCGAUUGGCUAUACCAUUGUGGUGUGUAAAGGCAAAACAUCGUUCUUAUAAAUCACUGAAUAAAGAACAAUGGAUAAUACUUUAUUUUCUGAGCUAUCAUAUCUAAGAAAUCAUUGGAUAGAAAGGGUACUGGAGGACUAUGAACAAGAGCGUGACGAGCUCGGUCCGUCAGGCAUCAAACUACUGCAGAAAGAAAGCCGCAGCGCGGUUUGGAACAUGUGCAAACUGCUCGGCGUAGACAUGAACGGCGUGCCUGGCCGCACCUGCCGGAUGCUCGAGCGGUACCUUCACAAAUACAUUACCAUCUACUGCAGUCACAUUGAUGAUGACGAAGAGCGCGGAAAUUUUAAAAGGGAAUUAUUCGCUCGUAUUCCACUACUGACAGCGUCGUGUGCUCAGCUAUCUGCAAAGAUGAGUAGCGGAAGCACCAAAGUGAACGCAAACCAUGUGCGCGCUUGCCUCAGAACUUUAAAGCUAGAAUAUAGCAUACAAGAAAUAAACGCAAAUGCGUUCCACGUUUUCAAAAUUUUAGGAUUUCGUGUGCCGCUCUGGACGGGCGUGGAAGAAGGCCAAAUGUUCGCGCUAGAAAUCGGAAUGCCCAGGAACAUGCUGGAAAGCGUAGCUGUCAUAGUGAACUCUGCGGAGUUUGCCCGCGACAGAAUCGAGCAAUGUGUUCGCGGUAUUGCUAAUGACUCCCCUGGAUCGUGUGAAGGACGACCGAUGCAAUCACUACACUUAGUGGUGGGCGCAGUGGUGGCGAGCGCUCGUUACAUGGCAUUCAGCGAAGCAGACCCUGCGCCACGGCUGGCCAACUUGACGAGUGCACCGCCUUCUUUCAUCAGCUGCAUUGCUGACGUCAUUCUCAAAGAAAUACUCGUAGACUCGUCUUCCUCCGAGGAUGUCAGUCAACCCAAAAAAAGGAAGAUAACGCAUAUUAACACUUAGACUACGCUUAUCAAAUAAUUUGUUAGAAAACUUGAUGAUUAUAUCCUAGAACAAAUACUUUAUGUAGUAAAUCUUCAAAUUUGUUUAGUGUUUGUUGAAUUUUCAAAAAUCGAAGGUUCUCGGAUAGACGUGGACGUGCAAGACAAUCAA